AUGGUUGGAGAAAUGAAACGAAGUUGUUAUAGGUGCAAAGGUAAAACGUUCUCUGGUACUCAGAGGUACUCUUCUAAGCAAGAUCAAAGCAAAGAAGUUCAAAUUGACAACAAAAUACACAGGGCAGAGCUGGUAAAUGACGACUCAUCAAGGGAAGAUUCAUGUGUGAAAGAGACCACAUGUGUUUAUGAAGCUUUGAGCAAAAAAAUGAAAUUGGAUGAAUCGCACAACUCCAAUCUUGUUUCUGGUGAGCAACAAGACUUCAGCGAACAUGGAUAUCACCUUAUGAACAUGAAGGAGUUUUCAUCAGCUGUAUCCUGUAUCCACAUUGCAUGUGUGUGA